AUGGCAACCCCCGCACCUCCUCGGCGGUUCAAAAUAGAGCCCAUUGAAUCGACCAUGAAGUCUUCCAAAGACCGUCAGCGGGAAGAGAACGAACCCUCCAAGCGUCUACGAAAGUUUGCUCCUGAACCAGUAGAGACUACGGCGAAGACCAGCCGCCGAUUUGCGCCUGAACCCCUAGAGAACACCACGAGAACCCAUCGUCGGUUCGCCCCGGAGCCUACUGAGACGUCAGAGCGGAGUAGUCGGAAGAAGUUCGCGGAAGAAUGGGAAAGCCAAACAACAAGGAAGUUCAAGCCCGAGCCAUUGGAGACUCCUGCCAGUAGCAACCGUAAGAAGCAGGGCAUCAACCAGCAAGCGAAGAUUGAUGCGACAUCGUCGAGCUCUCAGAGAACCGGAAAGCGACCGCCGAGGAAAUUCGCACCUCAAUUGAUAGAGACUGCGAGACGCUCUCGUAGAGCGGGGGACGCGGCUCCUGUGAUCAGGCCGUCGGACAGGACUGAGGCCACACCCGUGGAUAACUCUCAAACUCCGCCGGAUAACACACCCACUAUUAAUUACUCACAGAAUCCAUUACGGCGACCGAUGUCGAGAAUCUCUCAUCAUUCGUUCCGAGUUCCCGAUCUUGAUCCAAUUGAAUCGUCCGAAUCGGAGGGCUCCAUCGUAUCCGAUCGUUCGCAAUAUUAUAAGGAAGCUACGCGGAUGCGCGAGAGUGUGGAUGACAGAUUUUCUGGCUAUCUCCUUGAACUCGCUGCCAAAGCUGCAGAAAGGCAACUACGCGAACAAGCAAUGGCGGCAUUUCCAAAUGAUGACCACCAUGAACCAGUCGACCAUUUCAUUGACCGAGACGAUGAUACCGAAUCCUACAUUGACGAGGGGGUGCGUAGGCGCGACUCGUCUUUCAAUGAAGUCAACUGGGAAUUAGUGGCCAUGCGCCAGCACCGACAGAAGCUCGAACAGCAACAAGAGACGGAAAGGGAGAUGAAGAGGAGACGGGAAGCAGAAAUGAAUAGGUACGAUGGUCCCUGGGGAAGCCCAGCCGUGUUCAUGGGAGCUACGGCAGCUAGGAACAUAGUGGGAGGCUACCAGAAGGAUGGCGAACUGGAUCGGAUGCGGAAAGGAGCUCGGCCUCCAAUGCUGGGAGCUGAUAUCAAGUUUCCGAGAUGUCGCUCCCCCGAGCCUGCUCGUUUUGACCCGACCCAAGGAUGUGAUGCCAGCCAGGCAGCCGAAAAAGGAGAGGGUCUUUGGUGCGGCAACGGAAACGACAGACAGCCAAGUAAAGUGCCCUCGCUGUGGUCCAACGGAAGCAGCCGGCCUCCAAGCCGCGGGGGCCUCUGGCACGGAUGCUGCGUCAACUCUGGCCACACAUCCCCAAAAGGCCCCACCGGCAUUCUUACGCCCAGGGUUGAGAAGGACAACCCGCUUGAAACCCCUUGCCCAACUCCGGCUACCAGUCUUUUACCUCCUACACCGCCGGCAUCCAAUGCCGACUUUGCCUGCAUUGACGAGAAGCUCGCUUUCGAGCAGUCAAUAGACGAAGAAUUUGGGGAUGAUUUCGUUACCCAAGUGUAUAACUACUUGUCUUUAGGCUAUCCAUCUAUGGCUCGUCCAUUCGAUGAAGAGCUGUCCAAGAUUUCCGGGAUAUCCAUUGCUGAUCUCCGGCAGGACGAUCACCUGGCCAAAUCGAGGGGAUACAUCCGUCUAGGCGCAGACGGAAAUCUCGCAAGCGCUGCGAUUACCGAGGAGUCCUGCAUGCGAUGGCGAGCGCUCCGGAUCUAUAUUCGCGAGUGGGCUAAGCAACAUCCAGGGAUGGCAGGAGAGAGUGUUGCAGGUGGUAUGGGAACUGCCGUAAGAAGAGGCAGUUGGGCCAUCUGA